AGGGCCUGUGAAGUGAGGAGACUGCGCGGGGUCCUUGCGGACGGCUGCGCGCGGCGCUGCACGAGCGGCAUCGCGAUUGGCUGGCCGUUGCGGGCCCUCUCGGCGGACGGAAGGCGGCGGGAGAGGAGCGCGAGGGCUGAGAAGGGGCGGCCGGGCAGCAUGGAGGAGCUGGACGUGGAGCCUUCCGUCACCCUAAUUCCAGAAGUGAACUCUGACAAGAGGCAGUUGUGUUUUGAAUGGGGACCUGGGGAGAUGCUGGUGUGUGAGACAGUGUACGGAUCCUCAGAGUAUAAACAGAAGGGGCCAGGCUGUCCCUUUGUCUAUGUUAUUCGCAAAGAUCAAGAUGUAUACUCUCAAACUUGGCGAAAGCUUUUUAAUGAAUCACAUGGAAUCUUUGUUGGACUCCAAAAGGAUGAGAAAGAAAAGGCUGGAAAGUCAAGGAUUGCACAAUUGGUUCGAGUAAGCAAAAACUACCGUUCAGUCAUACGGGCAUGUAUGGAAGAUUCACAUCAGAUGGCUACUUCUACACGGGACCCAACAAUGCACAUGCACCACAGUACCCAGGUCUCUAUUCUGUCUGCAAUGGAGUUGAUCUGGAAUCUCUGUGAAAUCAUGUUUAUCGAAGCAGCACCAGCUGGUUCUCUUCUGUGCCACCUCCUUGACUGGGUUCGUCUUCAUGUAUGUGACGUGGAUAACAUGGUUUGUGAUGUUUUGAGAAGUGAAAGUCCGGCAAAACAUGAAAACUUCUGGAAUGUGAUCACGAUUUUAGUGCUUCAGGGUCGUAUGGAUGAGGCUCGACAGCUGCUCUCUAAAGAAGCCAGUACCAAUCCGACUUCAGUGAACAUGUGCAAAAUUUUAGAUGAACUCAUGAAGAAGAUGCCUGUUCCCAGUCAUGGCAGUGCCCAGACUUUGACAGAGUUGGAGUUGAAAUGGCAGCAUUGGCAUGAGGAAUGUCAGCGGUUCUUGAAUGACAGCACAUUUGCUUCUAACCCUCACAUGGAAACCCUCUGCAAGAUUUUACUUGGAGACGAGAAAACCAUUUUAGAGAAGAAAGACCUCCUGACUACAUGGUACCAUUUUCUGGUAACCCGGCUCUUGUACUGUCACCCUACCGUGAAGCAUGUGGAACUCCAUCUCUAUGCACAGUCCAGCUUAGAUAUGUUCCUGGGAGGAGAGAGCAGCCCUGAGCCUUUAGACAUCAUCUUGCUGGCAGCCUUUGAAUUUGAUAUCCAUCAAGUCAUUAAAGAAUGCAGCAUUGCCUUGAGCAACUGGUGGUUUGUAGCUCAUCUGACAGAUCUGCUGGACCACUGCAAUCUUCUCCAGUCUCACAACCUUUACUUUGGUUCCAAUAUGCGUGAAUACCUCCUGCUGGAAUAUGCUUCUGGACUCUUCUCUCAUCACAGUUUAUGGCAACUUGCAGUAGACUAUUUCGACCACUGUCCAGCAUAUGGCAGAGCCUAUUUGGAGCAUCAUAUUGAACAGGUCCCUCUGGACACAGAACGUAAAGCUCUGAAAGUAUUGAGGAUCUGUGAGCAGAGAAUGAUGAGUGAACAAGUUCGUAGCAUCUGUAAAAUCAUGGCUAUGAAAGCUGUCCGGAACAAUCGCCUUGGCUCAGCUCUGUCUUGGAGCAUCCGAGCAAAGGAUGCUGCUUUUGCUACCCUGAUAUCAGACAGGUUUCUGAAGGAAUACUGUGAAAGAGGCAGCUUUUCAGACUUGGACCUCAUUGACAACUUGGGACCCUCCAUGCUUCUUAGCGAUCGCCUGACGUUUUUAGGAAAAUACCGGGAAUUUCAUCGGAUGUAUGGUGAGAAGCAGUUCUUUGCAGCAGCCAAGCUGCUGCUAAUGUUGAUGACCGCUCGCAUCGCACCAUGCUCCUUCUGGAUGACCCUGUUGACGGAUGCCCUUCCUUUGCUCGAGCAGAAAGAGGUGAUAUUCUCUGCUGAUCAGACAUAUGAAUUGAUGAAAUGUUUAGAAGAUGUGACAGCAGCAGAUUCAAAAAAGGAGAAGCUCCAGGUUGAUGAGGCAGAGACUGUGAAAGUAGAAAUGUUGAGACUCGCUCUGGCACGAAACCUUGCACGAGCCAUUGUAAAAGAAGGCACAUUGGGAGAAUCCUGAAAGCAGCUUAGCGUAAUUAUUUGCAAGCUUUGCUUUAUUGACUUGAUGUACAUACCAGAGAUGGAAUUUUACAAAUAAAUGUCAUCUUUUGCA